AUGCCGGAAGUCUCUUUCGAGGACAAGCGUCACUUCUUCAUGACAUUGUGCAAAGUUACCUUAUUUUUCAAUCAAAAUCCUCAACUAAUUUCCCUUAUGCAGGAUAUGUUUACUACUAAUCAUUUGAUGGCUCAGCAGGUUACUGCUGAAUUUGAUCGAUAUGUUGAAGAAUUAAUGAGCUUUAUAAAUAGUUACAGUUCUAUUGAUAUCUUAACUCCAUCCAGGGUUAGGGCUGAUCCUGAUAGAAUCUACAUUGAUGGCUGCUGGGACAUUAUGCACAGCGGACAUUUUAAUGCAAUUAGGCAAGCAAAAAUGCUUGGGAAGGUUUUGGUCGUAGGAGUGCACAAUGAUGAAGAAAUUAUGAGAAACAAAGGCAUGCCAGUGAUGACUAAUCAAGAACGCUUGUCUAUGGUGAGGGCAUGCAAAUGGGCAGAUGAGGUAGUAGAAAAUGCUCCAUAUAGUGCUACUGAAGAAUGGCUUGAUUCUUUAAAUUGCAGAUACAUUGCCCAUGGCGAUGACAUUGCAUUAAACCAGGAAGGAGUCGAUGCAUAUUCUCAGUUAAAAACGGCUGGCAGAUUUAAAAUAAUUAAAAGAACUGAAGGAAUUUCGACUACAAUGAUCGUUGGAAAGCUGCUCUUAAUGACAAUGGAAAACAAAGCAUCUGUUUCAGAGCCAUUUACAGCAACUGACAUCAAUCAUAAGUCAAAUUUCAUCACUACUACAAGAAGAAUAUCAGAAUUUGCAAAUCGUACACGGAGACCAGAAGGGAAAAUAGUCUAUGUUGAUGGGUCUUUUGACUUAUUCCAUAUAGGCCACGUCGAGACCUUGAAAAAGGCGAAAGAGCUUGGCGAUUUUUUGAUUGUUGGAGUUCAUGAUGACUUAACCGUCAACCAGCAUAAGGGUUCAAAUUACCCGAUUAUGAACCUUUAUGAAAGAGUGCUAAAUGUUCUUGCUGUGAAAUAUGUUGACGAAGUUGUUAUAGCUGCGCCUUGAAACGUAACUGAGGACCUUUUGAAAUCGCUAAAUAUCCAAUUAGUUGUCCAAGGAAGUAUAUCUAAACUUGAUGUAGAGCACAGUAUGAUUUAUACACCGUGGUAGAUCGCUAUACCCCAGAGAAUACCGAAUAGAAAAAAUAUGGUCCAGGGCACCGCUUUAUACAGUCUAAGUCUGAUUAGGCAUCUUGAAACCAUAAAAGGAGAUUUGCCAUCUUUGUUUUUAUUUUUCAAAAAAGUUGACAAGUGCAAAUUAAUUUUGAAAAUUAAAAUUGAUGGUCAAUAAUGAUCUAAAAUAUUCCAGAAAUUAUAUAAGGAGAAAACAAAGUUUAGAGUAUAAUGACCAAGAAGAAGAUCCUUAUUUGCUUCCAAAAGCCCUUGGAAUUUAUCAAGAAGUUCAAAGCGAAAGCGAGCUUGAAACUCAGCAUAUAAUUCAAAGGAUAAUCGAAAAUCGGCUUAAAGUAUUGAAUAAGUACCAAAAAUCAAGUAAAAAAGAGCAAAAUUAUUAUGAAAGUUCCAAAACUUACGUAGAAGAGCUUUAA